AUGAAAAAGGACAGCCUCAAUACUCAAGCAAGCUCUUCUCGGAAUUUUACAAAAUCACCACAACGUUCAUCCCAACCCCUAUUCUCACACAAAAUUAUUCCCGUCUCCCACAUCUUUUCGACCUACCUUCUUGUCUUCGCCCUAAUACUCUUGACAAGCCAGUGUACGCUUGCCCAUGCGGCAAGUCGGUUCAGACGGCCGUACACAUUUUUCGGCAUCCAUCCUGAGGAAACCUACAGAGAGUUAACGAAAUCAGUACGGAAACGAGAGGCGGCAGCCCGCUUACCAACCUGGGGCAUCCCCGAUGACCUUGGCAUGGGUUCGGAUGGGCUGGGGGAUGAGGGGGAGGAAAAGCCCGCAUUUAACAUAGGACUGCUUCAGGAGGCUGGAAAAUCCGGUGACAAACAGAAGACUUUCCUUACGCGCAGUGAAAUCCAAGCAUAUCUUGCACAUUUAAAUGCAUUUUACCUAAAAAAUGGCAUGCCCAGGUAA